AUGUUUUCGCCGUUUCCGUCGUUUCCGCCUUCUCUAGAGGGGGACGAGUCGGAAGAGUGCCUGGAGGUGGACGUGGAGCCGGCGGUGGCGAGCAUCGAGGCCGACAAUGCGCCCGUCUUUUCUCAUUAUCAGCCCUUGAACCUGUCGAAUCUGCACUCCGAGUCUCCGAAGUUUCAGGUCGUGUACGCCGACCAGACCGUUCGUCUGGUCAUGAGGGAUUGGAACGGACCGAUCGUGGAUGGAGGAGAUCUCUACGGAGAAUACAUCCUGAGGGAGGUUCGACUUCGACUAGGGGAUAAACUCAGAGGAGCAACGAAACAUCUAAUCGAUGGACAAGGUUACCCGGCGGAGAUUGACCUGAUCCACUGGAAGGUGCCCCGCGAACCUCGGGACGCCCGGCAGGACUCUCCGCCCUCGCACGAGGCUGCCGUCCUCACCGUCUUCCUCCAGGAGUCGCCAAAGGAGAGCUCGGCUUUGGACUACCUCUUGGAUUCGUUGGAUAAGAGUGCUUCGACGGUGAAGAUGACGGUGGGGAAAUUGCUGCCCCGGGACACGAGCAGCUUUCUCCGGUAUGAGGAUAACAGCAGGGAUGAAGAUCAUUGCAAUCGGCACGUGGCUUGGACCGUCUUCCCCGAGCUCCUUCACAUUUCCUCAAAACAGUUCCAGAAGCUGAAGAAGCUAGCCAAAAAACUGAAUCCGGGUUCAAAGAAGACGCUGAACAACAAAGUGGAGAUCCGGCAUGUGACCGACGUGUACUUUAUGACCCCGCCAGAGGAUGAAGAUUCGGAAUCCCCGCCAGUGGAACUUCUUCCGCCGACGGUAAACAGGCCAAACCAUGGGUUGCAACCACCAGGACGUCACCAUACCUACGUGGCAGCUGCAGGCGCAGAAGACUAUCGUACGUACCACGAGCAGUUCAGUGGUGGCAACACCAAGGACAAGGAGGAUGAUUUCCAGAGGUCGGAACCUCCCAGGAGAGAAGAUGCCGUCGUAUCCCCAACCGCCCAGGCGGACCGGCUUGAGGCUUCCUCUUCCUCGUUUAAUGGACCUUGUUACAAGUUUUCCGUCACUUGCGUGGCUCUGGUGCUCUGGCAAGACUCGGCAGACCAAGCACCACGACGAAACAAGCGCCAGCACCGGAAGACGGGAUCCGCUGACACACCCCCAGCUCUGCUGCUCUCUCGUAUCAAUGUUCAGGUGUCAUGUGGGGUAGAGGAGAACCCCCACUUGGAGCAGUUAGAGUCAACACUGGAUGCUGGUCGUGUCGUCUGCUCCUCAGACACGACACUACAUCUUCCUGAGGAGACUUCUGUUGAAGAUGAUCUUUUGAAAUCCUAUUUAUCUCUGUUGAAAAUGGGACAUCUUGUGUUUAAGUCCGGUCUUCUGUACAGAGUCACCUCAGAAGAAUUAGAAAUUCUGAACAUGUGGAGGGGAGGGAAGCGUUCUUCCAUCGGCAUAUCUCAUGAGGAGAGCCGUUUGCGGCCGAAGAAGAUGUUUCGACCAUCUGGAUCGUCCAUCCCUGUCAACCCUGAAGCCUAUCUGACGCCGAUCUCAUUUCUUGCGGUCGGACAUUCCUUUAUUGAGAGGGCUAUGGCUGUAGCUGUUGCCCAACCUGACCGAUUUCCUCGCCUGCAAGCAUCCGCUGGGACCCGAUUUGUUGGGCUCCCAAGAGCAACAGCCAAGUCCCUCUUGGACCAUUUGCAGCGAGACAUCUUUGCUGGCAGCCGACCCCGUGUUCCUCCGCAUGUCACUGUGCAUUGCGGAGAGAACGAACUUGAUCAUAGGGAUCUCACUGAGGAGCCGGGAUUCUACGUUGAGUGGCAGUUGGAGCUUUUGUCUUUUCUUUUUCUUGCCGGGGCCCAAAAAAUUGUUGUCAUUAAACCGUACCCUAGGGGUGAGUCUCCAACCCUGAUAGGAGAAGGAGGGCAGUUGCCGACUUUGAGUCACGCCGUCGCACAUAUUCUUCUGUCCUUGUGUCCCGAUGCCAAUUACGGUUCGGAGAUCAAGACUUCAGUUCAACAGUCUUUAGGGGAAAGUCCUUAUGAGGUCCUGUUCGGCAUUGAGCCAAGGACUCCUAUUGAAUUUGAUGCCCUUCCAAGCUUUAGACAACCUUUUGCGGGUGAGUUGGCCUCUACUCUACAUGAGAUGAGGCAGAGAGUGCUUGGCAAUCUCAGAAAUGCUCAAGAAAAGCAGAAGAAAGCUUUAGACAACCUUUUGCGGAACAUGUGGAGGGGAGGGAAGCGUUUUUCCAUCGGCAUAUCUCAUGAGGAGAGCCGUUUGCGGCCAAAGAAUAUGUUUCGACCAUCCGGCUCUUCCAUCCCUGUCAACCCUGAAGCCUAUCUGACGCCGAUCUCCUUUCUUGCGGUCGGACAUUCAUUCAUUGAGAGGGCUAUGGCUAUAGCUGUCGCCCAACCUGACAGAUUUCCUCGCCUGCAAGCAUCCGCUGGGACCAGAUUUGUUGGGCUUCCAGGAGCAAUGGCCAAGUCUCUCUUGGACCAUUUGCAGCGAGACAUCUUUGCUGGUAGCCCACCCCGUGUUCCUCCGCAUGUCACUGUGCACUGCGGAGAGAACGAAUUGGAUAAUAGGGAUCUCACUGAGGAGCCGGGAUUUUAUGUUGAGUGGCAGCUGGAGCUUCUGUCUUUUCUCUUUCUUGCUGGGGCCCAAAAAAUUGUUGUCAUUAAACCUUACCCUAGGGGGAUGUCCGAAGAUAUUGUCCUCCUGAUCCUGACUGGAGGUCACCUCUGGAAGGGCGGGGAUGGUGAUCCCGAUCCGGCAUCCCUGAGAUAA